AAGAAGGAAGCUCUUAAACAAUAAAUGCUUGGCUAUGUUAUUGUGGUCGGGUCGCUGCCCUCUCGCUUAUCCUUUUAAAUGCAAAUCUUCCUUGGGGGGCGAGGAGCAGCGCGGCGGCCCCGGUGCCUGCCCGCCUGCCCCCCCCCUCUCUCUUUCUCUGUCUCUCGGCUCCCUUUUCCCCUCCCUCCCUCCUCCCUCUCUCCACGUCACCUGCCUCGGGUCGUGGGCCUGGCCUGGCCAUUUCCAAGAGAGCCGCCUCAAGAAUCGCUCAUCCUCCGCAGCUCCCGACGGUGCCGGUUGCCUGAGCCUCCGAAGCCGGCGCGCCGCGUCUUUGCGCUCCGAGGAAGCCGCAGCCCUAAGGCCGGGGCAGCCGCAGCCGCAGCCCAGUUCGGCUCAGCCGGUCCCCAUCGCCGGUCCGCCCCCUUCCCCCGACUCUUCCCGCAGCAGCAUGCAGAGAAGCGCCGCUCGCCUCGGACCACCAUGUACGUGAGCUACCUGCUGGAGAAAGAGAGCCCCUCCAUGUACCCCGGCUCGGUGCGCCACGCGGGGGGGCUCAACUUGACCGCCGCGCAAAACUUCCUGGGCUCCCCGCAGUACCCGGACUACGGCGCCUACCAUGUGCCCGCCGGGAUCGGACUGGACAACGCUCAGUCGCCGGGCUCGCCCUGGCCGGCCGCCUACGGCACGCCCCUGCGAGACGACUGGAACGGCUAUGGGCAGGCGGGCGCCCCGGGGACGGCGACCGCCGGCGCCUUGCACGGACCCAGCCCGACCGGCUUGGCCUACGGCCCCGCCGGAGACUACCUCCCGCACCCGCACCACCCCUCCCAGGGACCUCCGGCGCCCCCCUGCGGGGUCCCCCCUUCGGCGGGGCUGAUGCAGCCUCUCCACCCGCCGCUCGGUUCGGAUCCUCUCUCCCCUGGCGGCCAGCUGCGGAACUUCUGCGACUGGAUGAGGAAACCCACGGCGGGGGGACCCGUGAAAACCAGGACGAAAGACAAGUACCGAGUGGUCUACACAGAUCACCAGCGACUUGAGUUGGAGAAGGAGUUUCACUAUAGCCGUUACAUCACCAUUCGGAGAAAAGCUGAGCUAGCAGCCACACUGGGAUUGUCAGAGAGACAAGUGAAAAUCUGGUUUCAAAAUAGGCGGGCAAAAGAAAGGAAGAUCAACAAGAAAAAGUUACAGCAAUCUCAGCUUGGGGGAGUGCACAGUGGAUCUGAACCCAUGAGUCCUGUCUCCUCCAUGCAGGCAGGGACACCUGGCUCUGUUCCCAGUGGAGGCGUGUUGGGUGCUACUGGCUUGACCCCAACUGUUGCACAGUAACAGCAGUUACAAGGAAAGACUGAGCAGCGGAAGAGUUUCUGCAUUCCAUACAGAAAAAGAAGAAGAGACUGCCGGCCACACACCAGCCAGCCUAGGAGGAAGAAAACCACUAGUCCAAGAGUGAAACCGACGAGGCAAGUGGUGACUCUCCAUAUCCUGCAACUAGGAUGGACUGCACUGAACAGCCAGCUUCACACUUUGGGAUUUCCUGCCCAUUUUUACAAAAUAUACUGUAAGCCAACCAAGUUCAGAUGGGACAGGGGAAGGAAGGGAGUUGAUUUUCCUUAAUUUGUUUCAUUCUUGACCUGGAUGUUGCCAUAGAUAUCACAUAACUGACACUUAACUCUGGAAUGGAAAACAACUUUUCUCAGGGAAUUGGGCCUGGAAUGCCUGCUUGUUAUUCCUGUUUUUGUUUUGUUUUGUUUUUUAAUUACCAAUGUGUUGGGUUCAUGAUAAAUGUUAAUGGGGAAAAAGAAGAAAUUAAACCAGAUUUUACUUUGUUUUUCUGGUAUCCUAAACAAACUGAAAAGGAGAAUCAUUCACCUCCCAACUGGCAGAAGAACAUAAAAGAAGGAAGCUGCUGAGAUGCUCUGAAGCAAGUCAUUGGAUGGUAAUUUAUUGAAAACAAGCAUAUAAACAAGCAAUGGUGAUAUUAUGUCCAGAUUCCUACCUGCUGCCUGGCAUCUCUUUAUCUCUGGUGUAAGCACACACUAUGGACAUAAAAAAAUAUGUUUUUAUGAGGACUUCUUUUUUCAGUAGAGAAUAUUUUUAAGGUAAUCAGCUUCGCACUGAGCCUUACUUGUGAUCACGAGCAUCCUUUAAUCUUUGUUAUCCUAUCACUGUUGCUGCCUUGGCUGCUUAACAAAUAUAAUGUCUGUAUUUGAGUGAUGGGGUAAAUAUUUUGAGGACACCAAUUGGCUGUUGAAAUAUAUUAUCUACCGCCUCCUAAGAUACAGGCAGCUCUUCCCAAAAUAAUCCAGUAGCUGUUGAAGCCUAGCUUCUUACAUCAACUUGCCUUCCCAGAUAUCGAGGAGGGAGAACAACAUCUACACACUUCGAUUCAGUGAUGGAUGACACAGCCGAAGCUAGUUUUGUUACUGAACGAUUAGCAGAUUUUGUGACAUAUGGGCUUGAGCAAAGAAAGCUGAUGUGCUCAAGAAGGGGGAGUACUAGGGUUACUACUAGGUCAUUCUGGAACUGAUUUAAGUUGCAAAUGAGGAAACUAGAUUUCUUGGAUCUGGCACUGCUGGCUGCAAGGUUAUUAAAAUCCAACAUAAUUAGAGAAUCCUGACUGGGGCAUAUAGCAUCCCAAUCCUUAAUCCAAAUUUGGAAUGGAACUCUGUUUAUUCUAAUAAGAAAAAACAUCAUUUAUAAGAAUAAACGCAAGUUUUUGAUCAUUGUACAGGGCUUCUAGAGUGGGACCUAUGAACAUUUGCAGCCUAACUUUUAAUGCCAGUUUCUGCAAAAGUCUGUCCAUUUUGGAAUGGGCAGGACCAAACUCAAAAAGCUAUAAUCAAUGACAUGUGAAUUUGUAUCCACGAGUACCCAUGCUGGCCAACUGGCAUCUGCCAAUGAUAUUGAUUUCUCUUUUCUCCAUUCAUCCCCACAUCUGCUGACUCGCAUCUUUGGGGGGGUCAUUUGGGAGCUGAGAGGUCAAAGAAAGUGCAGCAGAGUCCACUAGCCUUGAUUGUCAUCCAUUUACUUGAAAAUAGAUUUCCUAAAAAAAAAAAAAAAA